CCAAGCCCAGUUUGACUGGCUGGACAUGCGCAGACCUGCUCACUCACUCCAACAGAUCCCAGAGCCAGGAGAGAGGCGUGAAUCUGAACUCUGCCUCAUUCCUCUCUAGUAGAAAUUGUAGCCUACCGAAACUCAUUGAUUCAGUCGGCAACCACAAGCUUAUGAUGCCACACACUACGAAUUAUUAGUGGAUAAGAAGACUGACAAGCUUCAAGGCGGAGGUCAACUUUAAUAGCCAACUGGAAACACUGAAAAGUUCACUGUAGUUUGUGUUUGCCUUCAGUCGACUGGCUGGUUUUAGAACGCUAACAGUAUCGAGUCGAUGCAAGUCGAGAAUCCAUGUAGUGUUUUCAAGCUACUUUGUUUGUUUAAUUUAGGAAUUACGCUUUAUUUUAAGUAGCUUAGAAACUCAUCAGCUCUCUGAACUUUUGAAAUCCUCAUCAACAAGUACAGAGUUGAACACAAGUGAUGUCUGAUGGGGGGGCUCGACCCUCGUCCCCAUCCCCCUCAGUCUCCUUAUUGGAAGCCAAAGAAGAGACGCGGCAGGUGCUCCGGUCUUUUGUGCGGAAGGCGCUCACCGUUCCGCCAGACGAAAGGCCUGGCCGAGUGGGGGGCAGCUACCUUGACCCUAAGAAAUUCAGUGCUGCAGCGAAGUCUCCCAAGACUCCCAAGAAGGAGAAGGCUGACAAUGGCUGGGACUCGGUGGACGAGGCCAUCAGCGCCGCUGAGGAGAAGAAGCACAGCAUCAAGAACCUCAUCAAGAGACGGCUGCGGCCUCGCUCCAUAAGGACAGAAGAGCAGCAGAAGAACAAAGCGGGGACCUUGGAGAGAAAAACUGACAAACCACAGAGCGACCAACCCAUCUCCUUUCCUGACAUACUACAGAAAAGCCUAGCGGAAGAUGGCUCCUCAUCCUCCUUUUCCGAGGAAGAGGGUGGGGAUGGAGAGAAGAAGAAAAAGAAGAAAAGCAAACGUAAACUCCAAUCACUGGCAUCCAUCUUCCGUCCCAAAAACAAGACCAAGGAGCCCCAGAGGCCUGUCACCCUCCCGGUCCCAUCAGAGCCCGCAGCCCCGAGCACGGACCCCCAGCUCUCCCCCUCUCACUCCCCUGAGUUCUACAAUGAGGUGGCCAGUACAUUGCAUCGCAUUGCCAGGAAGAGCAAAUCUGUGAAGCUACCCCCCGUCAUCCCUCCGCCCCCUGCCGAAUCCACUACAGAACCAGACAAGAAUGCUAUAGUGCAGCAGCUAGUGCAGAUUCUCUGUAAAGAGGGAGACCUCCUCAACGAUAAGAUCACAGCCAACCCGUUCCUGCGCAAGUCUCUAGACCGCAUGUCCUACCCGUCCUUCGCCAAGCUUCUGGACACCUACGCCAGCCAGACGGUAGUGGAGGUGGAGGUGCAGGCAUCCUCCUCCUCCUCGCCCACCUCCUCGUCCGCGCCGCUGCCAGCCAGCCCCACGCUGCGCAAGGUGGCCAUCACCAUGGAGGCGUCCCGCCGCGUGCUGACCGCCACCGGGGAACGCCAGCGCAUGAGGGGCUACGCGGAGAAGUAUAUGGAGAGGUUUGCACCCUGGGUCAAGAGCCACGGAGGAUGGGAGAAUAUCGUGGAGGAGAUUCCAGAAUAUGAUUAACAGCCAGAAUAAUGAGGACCUUUUAAAAACCAUAUGGACUUGGUAUGAAAUGUGACUCUUCACGUGGAGAUGAAAAAA